AUGAAGACCAUCGUCGUCAUUGGAGGCACCGGCGCUCAAGGAAGCGCCAUUGUUGAGCAUAUAUCCGCCACAAACGAGUUCAAAAUACUUACCCUGACACGCAAUACUACGUCAAAAUAUGCCCAAGAACUUACCAGCCUCCCAAAUGAGGCCGCCCAACGAUCUGACUAUGCCUUCAUGAACACGGACGGCUUCAAUCUUGGUGAGCAGGCUGAGACAUAUUGGGGAAUUAGGCUAUUUGAGCUAUCGAUCAAAGCUGGAGUGAAGCAUUUCAUCUACAGUGGACUGGACUACAAUGGCAGGAAGGCUGGCUAUGACCCAAGCUUGUAUGUGGGUCAUUACGAAGGGAAAGCAAGAGUCCAAGGGGACGACGGCGUUUUCCGCCUCAAGAUUCCAAUCGGCCAAGGAGCAGUCCCUUUCAUUCACUUGGGUGACUUUGCACGCUAUGUACCCUGGAUCCUAUCGAAUCCAAAAGAGUCGAAUGGCAUGACUUUGCAAAUUGCCACUGCUCACGUUUCCGGUCCAGAGCUGGCAAGAGCUUUUGCCGCUGCUACUGGACACAAGGCAGAAUAUGUUGAUAUUCCUGCUAAGGACUGGGUUGAGGCAAUGUUCAAUACAUGA